AUGUUAAGCACCAGAUCUAGUAUCACUAAAAGAUUAUAUUCAACUGCCUCAAAAACCUUAAAAAUUGGUAUGUAUCAACUCAAUUGCACACUCUGGGGUUUAAUUCCAGGUGAUGGUAUUGGUAGAGAAGUUAUCCCAGCUGGUAAACAAGUUUUAGAAGGUUUGUCAUCAAAACAUGGUUUAAACUUUGAUUUUGUUGAAUUAAAAGCUGGUUUUGAACAUUUUAAAGCUACUGGUACUGCUUUACCAGAAGAAACUGUUGAAAUUUUAAAAAAUGAAACUGAUGGUGCUUUAUUUGGUGCUGUUUCUUCUCCAACUACUAAAGUUGCUGGUUAUUCAUCACCAAUUGUUGCCUUACGUAAAAAAUUAGGUCUUUAUGCUAAUGUUCGUCCUGUUAAAUCAGUUGAUGGUACUAAUGAUAGACCAGUUGAUAUGGUUAUUGUUCGUGAAAAUACCGAAGAUUUAUAUGUUAAAGAAGAAAAAAUCUUUGAAAAUGCUGAUGGUACUAAAACUGCUGAAGCCAUCAAAAGAAUUACUGAAACUGCUACAACAAGAAUUGGUAAAAUUGCAUUAGAAAUUGCCUUACAACGUCAAGCUCAACGUGAUUUAGGUGCUGCUUCAUUACAUAAAUCAUCAAUUUUAACCAUUACUCAUAAAUCAAAUGUUUUAAGUGUUUCUGAUGGUUUAUUCCGUGAAACUGUUCGUAAAUUUUAUGAUCAAAAUAAAGAUAAAUAUUCAUCAGUUGCUUUACAAGAACAAAUUGUUGAUUCAAUGGUUUAUCGUAUGUUCCGUGAACCUGAAAUCUUUGAUGUUGUUGUUGCUCCAAACUUAUACGGUGAUAUCUUAUCAGAUGGUGCUGCUGCUUUAGUUGGUUCUUUAGGUGUUGUUCCAAGUGCUAACGUUGGCGAAAACUAUGUUAUUGGUGAACCAUGUCACGGUUCUGCUCCAGAUAUUGCUGGUAGAGGUAUUUCUAACCCAAUUGCUACUAUUAGAUCAACUGCUUUAUUAUUAGAAUUCUUAGGUUAUCCAAAACCUGCUGCUGAUAUUUAUGCUGCUGUUGAUGCUAACUUGAGUGAAGGUCAAGUUAAAACUCCAGAUUUAGGUGGUAAAUCAACUACUCAACAAGUUAUUGAUGAUGUUGUUAAACGUUUACAAUGA